GCCCGGAAUGCGCGAGCCAGUCUGCCUAUGAUCACUCGGGAUAUCUGUCCUCAUAUUCGUUACAUUGGAGGUUUUUGUUUUGUCAAGAGAUUCCGCUUGUUUUCAAAUAGAUUUGUUUAAAGUUUAAAAUACAGCCGUCCAUUGUUCGUGGAAUCAGAUAUAUGUGGUGAUGCAGUCUGUGUCGUUAGUCAUGGAAAUAGCUGGUAUGAGUUGAACGGAUGCUGGAACUAUAUUUUACGUGCAGACUAAAACGAUGAUUUUGUGGAUUUUAAUGCUGGCUGGUGUGACAUGCUUCGGAGGGGCGCAGAAAAUAGCCCCGGGAGACACCACAUUAGACCCGGGGGUCGAGGAUGUCCCUCCAUACGUCUUUAUCUAUGAAGAAUUUCUGGACAUUCCAACAUCCAAUUUCACAGAGGCGAUAGACGUCGAUAUUGGAUCAGUGUUUCCGGGAGAUGUCAAGUGGAAUGAAUCCUCCAACGAAAAUUUUGGGAUAUACGUGUUGGCUUAUCAGGAAAAGCAUGAUUUCUCAUCUAAAACAGAACCGAAAAUACAGCUCAAAGCUUCAUUCGCUUCCGGGAGGUUGGAAAUUAGGAUAGAUCCCAUGGAACCUCUCCCGAUUGUGUCCCUGCCUCUUAACGGAGCCGGUUUUGUGUCGGUUAAUAUUUUGUGUAUAAUGUUGGCCGUGUUGGUCAGUCUGCUUGACCAUCGGGUCAGUCUGUUGCUAGGCAUCGUGGCGUCCUGUACAUUGGUUUCCUGUGUGGAUCCGUACAACAGAUCAGGUGGCAUCAGGUGUGACGUCACUAUAUAUUACCCAAGAAACGUCACAUUUUCCAAUGUCAGCAUCGUUGUUCCGGAAGGGAACAUCACUAUUCCACCUAAAGAAAACAGAGAAAUGGCAGGAGAUAUAUGGUGUUUAACAAACUACACCACACAGGGCUGUCCAUUCUGCUGUCAUGGUAACGGAUUCUGCGGUCCAGGCAAUGUUUGCACGUGUCGAGAAAAUUACGACAACGAAACCGAUUGUGAAAGUGAAUUGAAGCCUAAUUUUAAAUUAUAUACCGGAGGAAUGGACCCAAGAUUGGCAAGGUUCGAUUCCCUCGACCUCUAUAAACAUUUAAUCAUCGGCAGACGUCGGGAUGACGGAGUACCACGAAUUGUGACGGAGAUUAGGUCACGUGACAAGAAUGGAAACGAGAUCGUGAUCGGCUUGAAAAAGGGAAAGCUCAUCAAAGAUAUUGUUGUGACCGGAAGUGACACAAAGCGUAUUCAGUGGAUAAAUUCGUGUAACAUUCUCGUGACGUCGGCUGAAACAACCAAACACAGCGAACACGAAUCGACUAUUAUAAACACGUGCGAUGCGCGUGACGGCGAUAGGAAGAAUGAUACAAAGAAAAAGAGGAAGAGAAAGAAAAAAGAUAUAACCAUUUUGUCGAUCAGAAAAAAGUCAUUUGAGACCAUUGUUGAAAAAUCGUCGCAAAAAAUUGUUGAGGCUACGAACGAAAAUGAUUUUUUGUCUGCUAGUUUCAAAAUUCUAAGCAAUGACGAUAACCAUUCGAAGUGGAAAAAGACAUUUACAAAAGUACCCAUUGACGUCAAACGUUGUGGUGAAGGAGAUUUAUCUUCUACGGUUUAUGCAAGCGUGUUAGUGAAAGAGAGUGACAGUGACAUGAUGCCCGUGCUAAAAUAUAAAGCAAUCGCGGACUAUUAUCCGGGCAGUUUUUAUGUAAAGUUGCCCGCUAAACAAAAUACAGACAACAUAUUAUUCAAUGGAAACGCGCAUCCUCUGCGCACGUGCAAUCACCUUCGAAAAGCCUCAAUCAAGGUGUGUAAUAAAAACAAGAGAUUGUUGGCUUCUAAUAUAUCAGAAAGUUGUGCUUCACUUCUAGGUCGAACAGACAGACAACUACAGAAUUUCAGUGAUGACGUAAGACAAAGCGUCAUAGACACGUGUGAGCAAGGAUACUUUGCUCUUAAAUCAUAUUGUGAUAAUGCAGCAAAAAUUGCUGACUCAAAUUUGUGCAUUGACUCAUUUUCUGAGCAAGAAAUUUUUCAUGUGAGCGAAGAAACUCACGUUAUAUUUAGUGUUGUUUUCCCGGACGGACAUACCGUUCAGUCCCCUGUGUACAGAUUUAAUAGCAGUGAUGCGUAUGUGACGGAAACUGUAGUGUUAGAAGGAACAAAUAUUAUUCCAAAAAUAUUAAACUUUAGCAUCAAUCCGCCCGAUCCUCGCCCUAACCAAGGGUACGAGGCAAUUAUUCGUUAUAGGUGCGUGUCGGACACAACAAAGCUGCACAUGCGUGUUGAAGGGGACGACAGUUAUUCCAGUGACGUCACAUGUCAUGGGAACCAACAAUGUAAUUGUUGUACUCUCCAUGUCGCUGGUGCUACUGCGCAUGUUACAGAUACAGUUAAAAUAGAGUUAUCUGACUCAACUUCCGGUGUAAAUAUCACACAGGAAUAUCGUGUGAUAUUUUGAUAGUUAUGUAAUGUUUUGUUAUUUGUUUUGUCGAAUAAAAUUGUGUGAUACAAUAAGUUUUAUUGUUUUUU